AUGUUCAACAUUCCUGAUAAUGUCAAAGGGGCAGUAGAAUUCGACCCAUGGUUAAAACCGUUUGCUGACGUGCUUUCUGAAAGAAGAUACCUAGCUGACAAGUGGUUGUAUGACAUCACACAUGCUACGCCCGAUGGUUCAUAUCAGUCGCUCAGUAAAUUUGCUAGAGAUUCCUAUAAGUCAUACGGGUUGCAUGCAAAUCCAGAGACCAAAGAAAUCACUUACAAAGAAUGGGCACCUAAUGCUGAACGUGCAUUUUUAGUGGGAGAUUUCAAUAAUUGGGACACUACUUCUCAUGAGCUCAAGAACAAGGACGAAUUCGGAAAUUUUACCAUCACUGUUCGUCCCUUACCUAAUGGCGACUUUGCUAUCCCUCAUGAUUCAAAAAUUAAAGUUAUGUUUGUUUUGCCGGAUGGUUCUAAGAUCUUUCGUUUACCUGCAUGGAUUACAAGAGCUACACAACCUUCGAAGGAAACUUCCAAACAGUUCGGCCCCGCAUACGAAGGUAGGUUUUGGAAUCCAGAGAACCCCUACAAGUUUGUACAUCCAAGACCAAAGUUUAGUGAAUCUGUAGAUUCUUUAAGAAUUUAUGAAGCACAUGUCGGUAUUUCAAGUCCAGAACCAAAAAUAACCACGUAUAAAGAAUUUACUGAGAAGGUUUUGCCUAGGAUCAAAUAUCUUGGCUACGAUGCGAUCCAACUAAUGGCUAUUAUGGAACAUGCUUAUUAUGCAUCGUUUGGUUACCAAGUGACCAAUUUUUUCGCGGCAAGCUCCCGCUUCGGUACCCCUGAGGAAUUGAAGGAGCUAAUUGAUACCGCACAUUCUAUGGGCAUCCUAGUUCUAUUGGAUGUAGUUCAUAGUCAUGCUUCUAAAAACGUCGAAGAUGGACUGAACAUGUUUGAUGGUUCCGAUCAUCAAUAUUUCCAUUCUAUAAGCUCCGGUAGGGGUGAACAUCCACUGUGGGACUCCCGUCUUUUUAAUUACGGGAAAUUUGAAGUACAGAGAUUCCUAUUAGCAAAUCUAGCAUUUUAUAUUGAUGUUUAUCAAUUCGAUGGGUUUAGGUUUGAUGGUGUCACCUCAAUGCUGUACGUUCAUCAUGGUGUUGGUGCAGGCGGAUCUUUUAGCGGUGACUAUAACGAAUAUCUUUCUCGUGACAGGUCCUUCGUCGAUCAUGAGGCCUUAGCUUAUCUAAUGUUAGCCAAUGAUUUGGUUCAUGAAAUGCUCCCUAAUUUAGCUGUAACUGUUGCAGAAGAUGUCUCUGGUUAUCCAACUCUAUGUUUGCCCCGCUCCAUAGGUGGUACAGGAUUCAACUAUAGGUUAGCAAUGGCUUUACCGGAUAUGUGGAUCAAGUUGAUCAAGGAGAAGAAAGAUGAUGAAUGGGAGAUGGGAAGUAUUGUAUACACUUUAACUAAUAGACGGUAUGGUGAAAAAGUUGUUGCUUAUUGUGAAUCACACGAUCAAGCUUUAGUUGGUGACAAGACUUUAGCUUUUUGGUUGAUGGACGCUGCGAUGUAUACUGAUAUGACUGUAUUGAAGGAACCUUCUAUUGUUAUUGACCGUGGUAUCGCUCUGCACAAGAUGAUUAGGUUGAUUACUCACUCGCUGGGAGGUGAGGCUUAUUUGAACUUCGAAGGUAAUGAGUUCGGUCAUCCAGAAUGGUUGGAUUUCCCCAAUGUUAACAAUGGUGAUAGCUACAAGUAUGCUCGUAGGCAGUUUAAUUUGGCUGAUGAUCCUUUGUUACGUUAUCAGAAUUUGAAUGAGUUUGAUAGGUCAAUGCAAUUAUGUGAGAAAAAGCAUAAAUGGUUGAACACAAAACAGGCUUAUGUUUCAUUAAAACACGAAGGCGACAAAAUGAUUGUAUUUGAAAGAAAUAAUUUAUUAUUCAUCUUCAACUUUCACCCCACAAACAGCUACAGCGAUUAUAGAGUUGGUGUCGAAAAAGCUGGUACUUAUCACAUCGUGUUGAACUCAGAUCGUGCUGAAUUUGGUGGACAUAACAGAAUCAACGAAAGUUCUGAAUUCUUCACUACCGAUUUAGAAUGGAAUAACAGGAAAAACUUCCUCCAGGUUUAUAUUCCUAGUAGAGUUGCUUUGGUUCUUGCCUUAAAAGAAUGA